GCCAAUCCAGAAAGAAAACAUGAUGAGGAACCAACUCGGGGAGCCUGUGCACAAAUAAAACAAAAUAAAUCUCAUUACUUCCCUCCUCUGGAGCUGUGGCUGGUUCCUCUUUCAUUCACCAGUGUCUGCAAGAGGGAAUAUUGGAAACCCUGUGCCUAACAGCUAUUCGUGUGAGGCCACAGUCAUCGGGUGGAAAUCUGCAUGGGGUGGAGAGGUGGCUGCACCGUGUGGAAAUCCCAGCACAGACAGGAGGGAUGCAGAGAGCUGGGUAGCACGAACACUGAAAGGACAGGAGGGAUUUUGCUGCCCACUGACUUUGGCUUCCCUAAAUCACCUUCCCUCUUUCCCUGAGUACUUGGAUCCAAGGAGCUGGCUGACCACGAGGAGCACUCAUGCCAAGGCAGAUGUGUGGCGCUGCUGAUCGUGCCAGGAGUCUGGGGCUGUUUGUUAAUCGACGGCAACCAAUUAUUAUACCAGGGGAGCCCGGAGUUAGUAUUUUUGGUUUCAAAGCUUCACUUUAUUUGAGACUCUAUAAAUAAAAUUCUCAUGAAGUAUUUAUACACCCUAACCGAGCUCAGAGGAAGAAACAGAAGUAAUGGAUGAUUUCAAAUGGCAAGGAGGCUGAAUGCUGGCACAACAGAUAGUACCGUGUGAUCCUGAUGAGGUACCUGAUAGUGAAGACAAAGUAAAAACAGCCUUGAUUUCUGCAUGCAUGUUAUUGCAGGCCUUCUGAGCAAGCAGUGGCUGAACUAAAACUGCAUUUCACAGUAAGACAAAGCAAGAAAUGGAAUGCACGUUCAUCCGCUCCAUGUGUCGUCUUGUCUGAAAGCCUCUUGGUCAACUAAAGCAGUAAGCACGAUCAAGGAAUUGUCUACUUCAGCUGUUUGAGUGCGGCAGCGUAAUGAAAACUCGAAGCAUGAAGGCUGGAGACUGAAGGAAAAACUUCCUGGAAAUGAUAACAGUGAAGCCCUUCCAGAGUCUAUCCCAUCUGCUCCUGGAACUCUGCCUCAUUUUAUGGAGGAACCAGAUGAUGCCUACAUUAUAAAAAGCAACCCCAUUGUCUUACGCUGUAAAGCUAUGCCAGCUAUGCAGAUUUUCUUCAAGUGCAAUGGUGAAUGGGUCCAUCAAAAUGAGCACGUGUCGGAGGAAAGCAUGGAUGAGACCACAGGCUUGAAAAUUCGAGAGGUGUUCAUCAACGUGACGAGACAGCAGGUGGAGGACUUCCAUGGGCCAGAAGAUUACUGGUGUCAGUGUGUUGCAUGGAGCCACCUAGGGACCUCAAAGAGUAGGAAGGCAUCUGUCCGCAUAGCCUAUUUACGGAAAAACUUUGAGCAAGACCCGCAAGGGAAGGAGGUUCCUAUCGAAGGGAUGAUCGUUCUCCACUGCCGGCCACCUGAGGGAGUCCCCGCAGCUGAGGUGGAGUGGCUGAAGAAUGAAGAGCCCAUUGAUUCCAACCUGGAUGAGAACAUUGACACCAGAGCAGACCACAACCUGAUCAUUCGACAGGCACGUCUGUCUGACUCUGGGAACUAUACCUGCAUGGCUGCCAACAUUGUUGCCAAGAGAAGGAGCAUGUCUGCGACAGUUGUGGUUUAUGUUAACGGAGGCUGGUCGUCGUGGACUGAGUGGUCAAACUGUAACGCGCGGUGUGGUCGAGGCUGGCAGAAGCGAUCACGGACCUGUACUAACCCUGCUCCACUCAACGGAGGUGCUUUUUGUGAAGGAAUGUCAGUGCAGAAAAUUACCUGCACUUCUCUUUGCCCUGUGGAUGGAAACUGGGAGGUGUGGAGUGAGUGGUCUGUAUGCAGCCCAGAAUGCGAGCAUUUGAGAGUUCGGGAAUGUAUCGCACCACCUCCUCGAAAUGGAGGAAAAUACUGCGAGGGCUUGAGUCAAGAGUCCGAGAAUUGCACCGAAGGGCUUUGCAUUCAAGAUAUAGAGAAUGCCAGUGACAUUGCCUUGUACUCCGGCCUGGGAGCAGCAGUCAUCGCUGUGGCUGUGCUGGUGGUCGGCGUUACCCUUUACAGACGGAGUCAGAGUGAGUACGGCGUGGAUGUGAUUGAUUCAUCUGCACUGACAGGAGGCUUCCAGACAUUUAAUUUUAAAACAGUCAGACAAGGUAACUCCCUGCUUUUGAACUCAUCCAUGCAGCCUGACUUGACAGUGAGCAGAACGUACAGUGGACCGAUCUGCCUGCAGGACCCGAUGGACAAGGAGCUAAUGACGGAGUCUUCGCUGUUUAACCCCCUCUCAGACAUCAAAGUCAAGGUUCACAGUUCAUUCAUGGUUUCCCUAGGGGUGACAGAGAGGGCUGAAUAUCAUGGAAAGGCACAUUCUGGAACUUUUCCUCAUGGAAAUAAUAGAGCUUUUGGUACGAUACAGGCUAGAAACAAGGCUACAUAUAUUCAGAACCUGUCUUCUAUUUCAACACAAAGUGAGCUGAAGACAACUGCCAUUUUUGGACACCUGGGUGGUCGUUUAGUGGUUCCAAACACAGGAGUCAGUCUGUUGAUACCACAUGGAGCAAUUCCUGAAGAGAGUUCAUGGGAAAUUUAUCUUGCCAUCAAUCAAAGGGAGUCCAGCCUACAGCCAGAAGGCACAGAUGUUCUUCUAGGACCAGAAGUAACCUGUGGCCCCUCAGAUGUGUCUGUCAGCACUCCGUUUGCCUUGACUAUCCCACAUUGCGCAGAAGUAAAUUCAGAGCACUGGAGUAUUCACUUGAAAAAAAGGACACAGCAAGGAAAAUGGGAGGAAGUGAUGUCUGUGGAAGAGGAAACUACUUCUUGCUACUGCCUGUUGGAUCCUUAUGCCUGUCACAUUCUCUUAAACAGCUUUGGAACUUAUGCACUUAUUGGAGAACCCAUCUCUGACUGUGCCGUUCGACAGCUGAAAGUAGCGGUUUUUGGCUGCCUGUCUUGCAAUUCUCUGGAUUACAAUUUGAGAGUAUAUUGUAUGGAUAACACACCUUGUUCAUUUCAGGAAGUGGUUUUGGAUGAAAGACUGCAAGGAGGACAGUUACUGGAGGAACCAAAACUUUUGCAUUUCAAAGGGAAUACCUUCAGUCUUCAGAUAUCUGUCCUUGAUAUCCCUCCUUUCCUUUGGAGAAUCAAACCAUUUACUGCAUGUCAGGAAGUCCCGUUCUCCCGUGUGUGGUGCAGCAACCAGAAGCCGCUGCACUGUGCCUUUUCGCUGGAGCGCUACACUCCUGCCACGACGCAGCUGUCCUGCAAGAUCUGCGUCCGACAAGUCAAGGGUCAUGAGCAAAUCCUACAGAUCCAGACAUCCAUUCUAGAGAGUGAAAGAGAAAGCAUCACUUUCUUUGCACAUGAUGACAGCAACUUCCCUGCACAGAUGGGCGCAAAAGCAUUCAAAAUCCCCUACUCCAUCAGGCAAAGAAUCUGCGCAACAUUUGACACACCCAAUGCCAAAGGCAAAGACUGGCAGAUGUUAGCACAAAAAAACAGCAUCAGCAGGAAUCUCUCCUAUUUUGCUACACAAAGCAGUCCAUCUGCUGUCAUUCUGGACCUCUGGGAAGCCCGACAUCAACAUGAUGGAGACCUUGACUCCCUUGCUUGUGCACUGGAAGAAAUAGGAAGGACACACUCCAAAAUCUCAGACAUAACAGAAACUGAGAUUGAGGAGCCUGACUUCAACUACAGCAGACAAAAUGGACUUUAGUCCCUUCUUUUCCAUUCAAGAACCGAUGGCCAGCUUUGACUUUUACACUAGAGAAUCUCUUUGGCAGGGAGGAAAUAAGGGUUUCUGCACACUGUAAGGAAGCAGACGCUCAUUUCCACAAUGCAGUUUUCAGCUGGAGGAGCAGAAGAAGCCCUAUUAAAAAUCAUCUCGGUAAUAAGGAAAACACAAGCGCUCCCUGUGCUACAGUCCUCUCUCAUUUAAGAUUCAUAUAUCAAAUUCAAAAACAAAACUACACAUCUAUCAUUGCCCGGGGCAGGAAGGAGUGAUAUACAGAGCCGUACAAGGUAAAUUAUGACAUAAUGUAUUUAAGGAAACAGUGAUGCUAAAGAAGAGUAUAAUACCUAGUGAUUACCAGCAAAUAUGAUAGUGAAUAUUUAGAGCCGCUAGAGGUUAAUCCUGGUUUAAAAGUUUGUCUUCUUGGGGCCUUGAGUCCCCUUUGUCCUGCGUUUCCAACUUAACACACUUAAAGAGCGGAUUUAAAAUGUCAUUUCCUAGCAUCAUGUUGUCACUUUGGAUUUGCUGUAACUUAGCUACAGGACAAGUGAAAAUCCGGUCUUACCCUGUUCAGACAUUCGAGGAAUUAAUAGAUCUUACAACUAUUUGAUUGAUAUCAAGUGUCAUUCAAACAAUUUAAAAAAAAAAUCAGUUCCCCACUGAGCAUACCUUUGCUGCAGUCUUCCUGCCUAUUCCCUUAACGAGGCAACAGAACAAAGCCGUUCUCUGUGGAAUUAGUGUUCGCGAGUACGUGGGAGAAAUUUUCCCUCAGUCAAAAAUGUUUCUUUGCGGGUAGAUUUAAAUAAUCAAAUAAAAUUCAGGAGAUUGCCAGCCCUACUUUAGCAAGUUUACACUUGGGGGCAGGGGGAGGGGGCCGGGGGGGGGAACUAAGU